AUGGUGAACUAUAUCACAUCCAUGGACGAGUUCAACACAAUGUUGGAGACCUCCAAGUCGAAGGCAGUGAUCAUCGACUUUACAGCCACAUGGUGCCCUCCUUGUAAAAUGAUCGGCCCCAUUUUUGAGGGACUCGCAAAAGAGUACACAAGCAUUGAAUUCUUCAAGGUGGAUGUCGAUGACGCUGAGGAGGUAGCCGCCAAGUGUGGGAUCCAAGCCAUGCCAACAUUCCAAGUCUUCAAAGAUGGAGCCAUGGUGGACGAAAUGAAGGGAGCCAGCGAACCUGGCUUGAAGGCAAUCCUUGAAAAGCACAAGUAA